GUAGCUUCACAACCGGGAUCACAGAUGGGCCUGGGGUUUUAUCAGCAUUACGUCGACCUGGCGAUCCCAACAACCUCAAAUCAGUCCUCAAAUAAGCAAGUCUGUUGCGGAUGAUGUGUUCAUCAGAGUAUAAGAGCUGGCAUGGCACUCCCCCCCGAGUCGCUCAGGGCUUUCUACCUUCUAUAACCGCGACUUCAUGGCUGUGCCAGGGGUGCAGGCUUAUCAAGAAUUCGAGCAGGCCGUGGCUGUGGGUCCCGUGUUCUCAGGCUUACUUGCAGUUGAAGACGCUGACCGCUCCGUUCCAGUACGUUGACGGUGAGUGUCUAUCGUUGCAUGAAGUGAAUUCCUCUGGAUCUAGUCUGGGACUCAUUGUAGUGGCAUGUCUGGCCCUGCUGGUCAGUGCGAUUCCCACGCCAUGACAAGAGAUGCAUGAUGUGAUGUGCACCCGCGCAGACCUACGACACUCUUUUAAAUAUUCCCGACGAACACAAACAUAUCUGGAAGUCAAAAUGGACCGUUAUCAAGGCCCUGUAUCUAUGGACCAGAUACGCUACAUUCGUGGAUACCACGUUGGCUGUAUAUGCACGGGUGAACUUGGGGAUCAGCCACCCAACCUGCUCCUUCAUUCUAACAUUCAAUACUUUUUUCUCCGGUAUCGGGAUCGGGCUCAUUGAAGGUCUGGUGCCUGUUUC